ACAUGGAUGGAGGGGGGGAGCUUUCUUCCUUCUUCAUCCACCACCACUGAUUCUGUCUUUUGACCAUUAAAAUUAUUACAGUUCAACUCAAACUUGCGAAUCUGUAAGAUUUCUGUAUGAAAUUUUAAAGAUGAAUCGGAUUGCUGCUGGCCUAAUGAUGACAGGGGAUGAUGAUUUGGGCAGCAGAAAGGUUUCUUUGAUUGGCUCUGAAACUGAUAGUAGCUCAAUUGGGGAACUUCCAGAUCAUAUUUUGAUCGACAUCUUUACUCGAAUUCCAGCUACUGAUUGGUCAAAGAUUUCUUGUGUGAAGAAACAGUGGGCUAACCUGUUUAAGGAAGAAUGCUUCUGGCAAGCAGCAAUCUUUAGAAAUUUUCCGAUGGCCAGAAAUACAAAAGGCUGGCCUGGACCUAUCCCCCGGGGAAUCAGUAGAAGGAGAUACACUGCACUAUAUGUCUGCAAACACAUGAUGUUGUUUAGCCUGAAUGAUGAUGAUGAUGAAGAUGAAGAGCUAAUAGGCCAUACUUAUUUGUUUCUGAAGGAGCAACUUGAAGUAUCAUCAUCAUCAUCAUUAUCAUCCAUCAUGUCUCCUUCUCCAGGAAUACUUCAUGGAACUAUGAUUGAUCAGUUCAUCGCCUGUGGUAAGUCGCGAGACAAGGCAAAUGAUCUUGCUUCGCAAAUUUGGUUGCAUGUUAUUGAAAAUUUGGAGGAAAAUGAGCAAACAUUCCUUUUACUUAAAGGUUUGGCACUAGAAGCAAAUGUUUUCUUGCCAUACCCAUACUCGAGAUCAAUCAAAGUCCAGAGGCGGGUGUUCGAGAAGCUCUUCACAGACUUCCGUGAUUGUUUCAAUGAUGAAGAUUAUUACGAUGUAUUAGCUUGCGCCAAGCACAAGUUUCAACCAAUACCCUCUUCUUGGCUAGGCUACUAGUUUAUUUUUCUUCCAUAUAUAAUUUCUCCUCUCUACAUGUAAAUAAAAACUAUGAAGCUAUUAACUAAGCUUGGAUUUGGAAUGAAUUGCUACAAUCAACUUAUAUCUAUACUUUUAUACAA